AUCUAAACAAGCGUACCAAAAAAUCUUAAUCACUUUUGCGAUUCAAAAAAUGGAAAGAAGAGAUGUCAACUCUUCAUCUAUUAUUGAUCUCAAGGCAGAACUGUUCAGGAAGCAAGAAGAAUUUAAGAAACAGAAACUACAAAAUCAGAGUGUAAAUGUUAUCAGAGGAAAGGCUGUGGAAAAGAAAUCAACAAUAUGGACCAAGAAAAACAAGGGUGUAUUGGAGAGAAGUAGUAAGGACUUGGAAGAGAAGAUCGAAGAGGCCAAUCAGUUUGAAAAAUCCAGGAAAUGUUUAGAAGCAAAGGCCAAAUUGUAUGAGAAAAUAACCAAAGGAAGUAAUAUUCCAGAGGAAGAUGGAAGUCAGGUCUACUUGGUGGACUUUCAGAAAAAAGCCAUUGACAAGAUUGUGGAUGACAGGGACCGAAGGAGGAAGGAAGAGGAAGAAGAAAGGGAGCAACAAGAGGAGGAACUUUUGAGGCGCGCUGUAGUUCCUCCUCCAGCCAAUGAAGAAGAGGAAUGGGUGGACUAUGUGGAUGGGUUUGGGAGAUCCAGGAGGUGUAUGAAGAAGGACCUACCACAGCUGAUGAAACAAGACAAGAAACUUCAUCAAACCAAUAGUGAUUUGAAGGUGGAUAACAGGUCUGCUGAGCUCAUGUCCAAUGACAUGCACAAAGAGAUGCUGCGACAGAAAUGGGAGGAGGAGGAAUUGGCGGCCAUGAACCAGCCCAUCCAUUAUGCGAAUGUCCAGUACGACGAAAUAAGGACCCAUGGUGUAGGAUUUUAUCAGUUUGCCAAAGAUGAAGAGUCAAGGAAAGAACAACUGGAUACUUUGAACGAUAUCAGAGAUAAGACUAAAGAUGAAAGAAAUCGUAGAGAGAAAAUAAAGGAGAAAAGAAAAGCCAUCUUAGAGGCUAGGCUGGCCAAAGUAAAGAAAAGGAAGAUGCAAAGAGAGGGAAUUACUGAACUACCUGAAGAUCCAGAAGGAGAUGGUGAUGAUGAAAUAGGACCUAAGCUGGAUGAAGCUAUACAGGGAGAUAACUCAGAGGGAAGGGAACCAGUCAAACAGGAAGCACCAGUCAAAAAGGAACCAGUACUUCUGACCCGGGAUGAAAACCUUCGGAGUCACAGUACACAGAGAGAAUGGGAUAAAGGGAAAGAAAAACUAUUUCCUGUAUCCAAUGGGCAGAGGUACUUUGAGAGUAAGAGAGAGGAAAGGAUUUCUGAGUUUGCGCCCCCGUCAAUGUAUUAUGAUAAUGACAAUGUACAGAUAGAACUCAAAGGAAGAGCUUAUUCCACAAAACCUACCAAAAUGUCAGAAAAACAAAUAGGGGACUUUCUGUCUCAGGAAAGACUGAAUAUUCAGAAUAAUUCAGAUGUGAAAUCUGAAAUAACCUCCCCUGUUAAUUCAUCAUUGGAAGCACCAAAAGGAACAGCCAAUGCUAAAUCUGAAUUUCCCACUCAAGAGAUUAAGUCUGAACAGAUUCAGGACAUUCCUCUCCCUGACAGUGGGAAUAACUCCUACCCAUCAAAUGAAAACGUGAACAGCUGGGGACAGAAUGAAUAUCACAAUGUUCCCUACUACCCCCCAGCAAAUUUACCACCACACCCAGGGAAUUUUUAUGUACCUACUCAUCUCCCACCCCCUGGGUAUUCUGGGUUUACCUCUGUUCAACAGUGGUCACAGCAACCUCACCCUAUGGGGCAGUAUCCACCAGUAAACACUUAUUAUCCCACAACUUCAACCAUAGGUUAUUCUGUUACACCUGAAAAUUUCAAUAGUCAAAGUACUGAAAGUAUUGGAAGUCAACAAACAACAGUGGCAACAGACAGUGGUGUGACAGGAGGUCCUACUGCGGCUGUUAGUGCACAGCCUAGUGUUAAACCCACAAGAUUUAACAUUGUUGAUCCUCGUCUGAUCCAAAAUGAGGAAGUGCUGGAGUCCACCCCUCAAAACUUUACACCCUUGCUAGAGAAUAAUACAGAGCAGGCCCAAUGAAGUGUUGUUUUUUUUAUAUCUUUUAUAUCAUUAUCUCGAUAAAUAAGAUAAACUUGAGAAUGAUUUCAUAUUGAUUUGCUAAUAAAUCUGUUGUUAAAUCAUUA